GUUGUUACUGAAAUAAGUAAAAGGGCAAAAACGUUUCUUUAGGGUUAGGGUUAGGGUUAGGGUUAGCUAUGAAUGGGAGUCAAUGGUAAGUCCCCACAAUGAUAGGAAAACACAGUGUGUGUGUGUGUGUGUGUGUGUGUGUGUGUGUGUGUGUGUGUGUGUGUGUGUGUGUGUGUGUUAGUGUGUGUUUGGGGGAGGAGUUUGUCCUCAGAACAGCUGCUCUUCCUUCUUUCUUUCCUCUUGUUUCUUUCAGACGUUGUUUCUCUGCAGAUGGACUCACUGCUCCCAUUCUCUGAUUCUUUGAUUCUCUCAUGUAAAAAUAUUUCUGCUCUUCAUCACAUCCACACUUUGUUGGAUUUCUGAAUUAAAAAUUAGUUUCUGUUCCCCCAACUGACUGUAAAGCGACUGAAUGUUUGGAGCAACUGGUUGAUUUUACGAUGUUGACCACAUCUGUCCUGCUGCUGCUCGUCUUCUCCGCUGUAACCUCGUCUCCCGUCGUUCUGGAUGCCUCGGUGUGUUCCAGGACGGUUUGUGCUGCAGGUAGAGUUUGUGUUUCUACCGUCAGAGGAGAACCAGAGUGUCGUUGUUUAGAGCGCUGUGACUCGUCUGAACGUUGGGUUUGUGGCAGCAACAAUAAAUCCUACAGGAAUCAUUGCGAGCUGCACCGAGACGCCUGCAUCUCCCAAACCAAGAUCCAUGUGGAGCACCGAGGACGAUGCCUGGAAAAACCUCCAAAGUCAGACGUGAGUCCCAUUGUAUGUUUCCUGUCUGACCGUGAUUGGCUGAGAGAACAAGUGAUCCAGUGGAUUCAUAGAGAGGCCGAAUCAGACCAGGCGUCCCUGAACGCAUCAUCAGCCAGCAGCCUCCUGCAGACCUACUUUCAGACGUACGAUAACGGAGAUUCUCAGCUCGAUUCUGAAGAGUUCCUGAGGUUCCUGAAUCAUAACGAAACGUCUCUGAAUCUGACGUUCUCCAACACUCUGGAGACAAACCUGCUGCUCAGGUCUCUGUGUGUCGACGCUUUGAUCCAGCUGUCGGAUGAAAACGCCGACUGGAAGCUGAGUUUCAGUGAAUUUAUAAACUGUCUGACGCCGACUUUUCAUCCACCUGAGAGAAAAUGUGCUCUGGAGGACGAGGUGUUGGAGGACGGAGCUGAAACCCGCCUGGACUGUAAUAAAUGUGUCUGUGCUUGUGGAAGCUGGGUCUGCACAGCUCUGACCUGCAGCGGAGAACAUCAGGUGGAAGAAAACGUUCAGGAAGGAGGAGAAGACGAAGAGAUGAGCGAAGAAGAAUUCAGCAGGAGAGUCGCUGAACUCAACGCUUUACAGGAGACCUUCGCCAUGGAGACCUGAUGCCCCGCCCACUGCACUGCUGGCUCCUCUUUAAUGCCAGAAAGGGAGAAAAUCUCAGAAUUUACUUUGAUACAUUCAGAAACAUCUAUGCUUUUUGUGCUGAUUUAAGAUGUUUUUUUCACAUUUAUUUUAUAGCAUCUUAUUUUUGCUCCUGCAUUAAUUAUCAGGGCUGUAGUUUUAAAAUGGGAUGAUGGAAAAAUGACGAACUGUAACAGAUACUUCAAUUAUUUCUAACUUAUUUAUCAUUUACUGUCAGAUUUAUUCCUCAGCACUGGAAGCUGAAGGCUUUAGGAAACCCAUUAAUAUUUAGGAGCUUGCUUCUGUAAAAUAGGACCAGGUUCUGGUGAUUUAAUCGGCUUCUAAUAUUAGCUUUUUAUGUUGAUUUAUUAUUAGUUUCCCUUCAAGAGUCUCUCUCCUGGACUACAGUCCUAAAUUAUUGUUUUGUUUUUAUUUAUUGUUUAUCAUUUUACACAUUCCAAAGACUGGACUUCGUUUUGAAUGUUCCCAUUGUCAUUACUGAGAACAUAUAGGACAUUUUUGUUUGAUUUCACAAGUAUAAAAAUAAACAAAAAUGAGAAAAUCA